AAUGGCAAUAAAAACAACACAGGCCUGAGGCCACCCCCACAGCCAAAACCCCUUGAAACUUUUGAGCACACUCUUUUCUUACAUAUCUCUUCCUUCUCGGCACACGUUGACAAUCAUCGUAACCAUAAUUCCAAAAAGCUAGGCAACAAGUCAUAACAACAAAUGAAGAUCCAGUGUGAUGUGUGUAAUAAAGAUGAAGCCUCCGUGUACUGUGUAGCCGACGAAGCCGCCCUCUGCGACGGCUGCGACCACCGCGUUCACCACGCCAACAAGCUCGCCCGCAAACACCAACGCUUCUCCCUCCUCCAACCCUGCCCUGAUCAAUAUCCCAUGUGUGACAUCUGCCAGGAAAAGAAGGCAUUUCUGUUUUGUCAACAAGACAGAGCUAUUCUAUGCAAGGAUUGUGAUGUUCCGAUCCACAAAGUGAACGAGCACACCAAGAAUCAUGACAGGUUUCUACUCACUGGACUCAAGCUUUCACCAACUUGUGACAUAUAUACAGCAUCCCAACACCAUGACCUUGUUCCAGAGUUUGUCAAGCCUCCAAAAUUUAGCAAACCGGUUUCUGUUGACUCUCCAUUGAUUGUUGGUUGCGAUGGAUCAACGAGUAGCAUAUCGGAAUACUUGAUGGAAAAUAUUCCGGGCUGGCAUGUUGAAGAUCUUCUUGAUUCCUCCAAUUCAACCGUUUUUAAUGGUUUCUCUAAGAUUAAUGAGAACGAAAUAUUACCCUUUUGGGAUGAUGAUCUAGAGGGAAAUUUCAAUACAUUUCCCACGGAGAAUAUGGGAUUUUGGGUUCCUCAAGCUCCUCCUGCAGUGCAACCAUCUCUGGUAUACCCUAAGCAAAUCUGCUUCCAGCAGGAGCCAAAGGAAACAAUUCUUACUAAAAAUAUCAAGACUAUUCGAAAAAGGAGGAAUUUUGAUGGAGGCUUCACCGUUCCUGAGAUGACUCCUCCCUCCAUGGUCUCUAAGAGAUCCAGAACUCUGUUGUCGUAAUUACACUCAAGUCUAUAGGAGGGUACUUGGCUAAGCAUAGAUAAGGCCUCUUUGUUGCAGUUUUCCCUUCCUUUUCUUGUAUUAGUGUUCUGUUCAAAUGUAAUCUUAUGGUUUUGUUAGUUUCAAUCAGUUCAUCUGUUUUGUAAAUAUAUCUAUCUAUUGUGCAAGCCUAUGAAAUGUUUCUUUGUAGUUGGAA